AUGGCCGCCGAAGAACUUCCGAAGGUCCAGACGUCCAAGCUGCUUUUCAAGAUGCCAUCCCCAUCCGGUCCUGCUAGCAAUUGUCAUGUCCACUGCACCACGCACGGCCGUGCGAGUCGCAAUUUCCCAGCCACCGCGCUCGGGAUCAUCCCACUUAUCGUGACUUCUAUCGUAUCAUCCGCAAUCAAUCAUCGCCUAUUGCAAGAGAAGCCUGCUGUCGGUGAUACCAUAACGGGGAAAUGGAUUGCAGUAGGAGGAUGGGAAGAUCCAGACGACAAGCCUCCCGAUGUGUUCUGGGAAACCUUGGUUGGCAACCUCAACUCCGAAGGCACCGAUCCUGCUGGCAAGUACGCUGCAGAGACGCUUGCGAGCGUAGACCUAAAGGCGGCCCAUUGA